AUGCCCGAUACGGAGGCGGCAAUGCGCGAUGUUGGAGGAGACAUCGAGGUCAGAGAGGAGCCACAAGACGAAACUGGAGCCGCAGACGGAGAAUCGGAAUAUGAAGCCCUCUUCGGCAACCUAGACAAAGUCCCUGGUGGUUUCGCACUACCAGAUCCAGAUGACAUCGAAUCCUUUGGUGCCGCGGGAAUGACGAAUGGACCGCACACGCCCACGCGUCUCCAGGAGUAUUUUGAUGACCAAGGGAAUUACAUCGAGGAUCGAGUGACUUUCCACACUCACGGGGAUGAUCCGGAGUGUCCUUUUGCGUGGGAUAUGGAUUACGACAAUGAUUCGGACGAGGAGUGA